AUGUCAACUAUCGACGAUAAAUCUUCUGUGGACGAGACUGAAGAUGCCAAUGCGUUUUUGGCUUCUCAUGCAAUUGGUACAUAUACCGACGAGUCGAAUAAGAAAUUACUUCGUCGAAUCGAUAUGUACCUCAUGCCUAUGAUGUGUAUCUCAUAUUGUAUACAAUAUAUCGAUAAAUCAGCUUUGGCCUAUGCUGCUGUUUUUGGAGUCAAGAAAGAUUUGGGUUUGGUAGGACAGGAAUAUUCUCUGUUGACUUCUUUAUUCUAUAUCGGUUAUCUCGUUGCUGAAUAUCCUCAAGCUUGGCUAAGUCAACGUUACCACAUUGGUCGAUUCCUUGGUGUAAUCAUGUUCAUCUGGGGCGGUAUCCUCAUGUGUUCAGCUGCUACCCAAAAGUUUGCCGAUAUCGCCGCUGUGAGAUUUUUCCAAGGUGUAUUCGAAUCUGCUCUUACCCCAGCAUAUAUCAUCGUAACCGGAAUGUGGUACACGAGACGCGAACAGCCAUUCAGAGUAGCGAUCUGGUACUCUAUGAAUGGUUUAGGAAACGCCAUCGGAGCAUUGAUCUCUUAUGGGAUGGGUCUCAUCGAUGGAAAAUUGGAUUCUUGGAGAUACAUCUUUAUCAUUGAGGGUGUCAUGACUAUCAUUUGGAGUUUUGCAGUUUUCGCAAUGUUCCCUUCUUCACCUAUGAGAGUUAGGUGGUUGAAUGAUGCUCAGAAGGUACAAGCUGCAGAGAGGAUCAGGAGUAAUAGAACGGGUAUUUUGAAUAGGGAAUGGAAAUGGGAUCAAGUAAAGGAAGCUUUGGACCCCCGUAUCGAUCCCAGUGGACAUAUUCUAUUCUGGGCAUGUGUAUUGAACGAAGUUAUCAACGGUGGUGUAUCGACUUAUAAAGGUCUGGUGAUUAAAUCGAUUGGUUGGACAGAUCUACAAUCUUCAUUGUUUGGUAUCGCCUACGGUGCAGCAGUAACCAUCGAAAUCGCUUCCUGUGGAUAUUGCGCCAUACGAUUCAAAAAUGCCAGACACUGGUGUAUGAUACUUUGGUUACUACCUUCAGCUAUCGGAAUGAUCCUUCAGAUCACUCUACCGACGUCUAACAAAGCUGGAAAGACCAUUGGUGUGCUGUUGAUGCCUUCUUUUGUCGGUUCUUCGGCUUUAUGUAUGGGUAUCCCAGGUCAAAAUACAGCUGGAUUCACCAAAAGAAGUGUAGUAGUAGGUAUGGCAUUCAUCGGAUAUUGCGUAGGAAAUAUCAUCGGUCCUCUACAGAACAAGCUCAGGGAUAAGAUGGUAGCUGCCGGUCAAGCUCCCGAUCCCUCGAUUCCCGAUGGAGGAGAAUUCGAAGAUUUGACUGAUAAACAGGAUUUGAAAUUCCGUUAUACUUUAUAA